CAAAAUAACUACUCAUCAAAUUAAACUACUCGCUGUCUGGGCAGGGCGUUGUUUACGUUCCAUUAGUUCGGUUUUAUAAUUUACCUUAUAAUUUAUUAUAAAACAAACCAGUGUCUACAGUGCCUUACAUGAUGGUUUCAUGUAAAUUUUUCCUGUCGUUGUUAAUUCUUCUGUUCACAUUUGAGAGAGGACUCGCAAUUUGGUGCUACCGUUGCACAUCGGCCACACCCGGCUGUGGAAACAAUUUCAACUGGCGCGGAAUCGGCUAUCUGGGUGAUCCCUGUCCCGAGGAUGAUGAUAUCUGCGUGAAAAUAAUCGAGCGGAAGGGCACGAUCGAAACCAUUACCCGCGAAUGUCUCAGUUCGCUACAGGCUUUCAGGACGGACAUACCGGCCGAUAAGUACGAGGGAUGUCGAGCAUCGGCCAGGGAUGAACAGUUGGCUCAUUAUGUGAACAAUUCCGUCAAGGAACUGGACGUUCGGAGGGAUUAUUUCCAGCAAACGACGUUCUGUUUCUGCUUCCUCGAUCAUCGCUGCAACAGUGCCCCCCGUUCGGUGGUAAAUUCGUUCUCAACGGGUGUUAUUCUCAUGCUGUCGGCAGGAGUUUUCACCAUUCGAAGAUUGCUGCUGUGACCGAAGUGUUUAGAUUUAGCAUUUAUUUUCACAUUCCGUCCAUUUUAAUGACUAUUUUAACAAAUAUUUUAAAUUUAUUUUCCGUCCUAGGUGAUUGAAGAUUGAAGAAAAACUAGAAUAAAACGAAAUAUGUUUAGUCUACCAGUAUUUAUUAGAUUCCUUAGUGCCUACCAACUAAUAGUAAUUCAUUGUCUUUGACAGCGACAUAAAAGCGCUUACAACUUCGCUACGAUAGAUAAAUAUAUUGAAUCUAGCUUUUCGAAUUUUA